CCAGAGGAUCUGGAGGCCCCCAAGACUCACCACUUCAAAGUGAAGACCUUCAAGAAGGUGAAACCCUGUGGGAUCUGUCGACAGGUCAUCACCCGGGAGGGCUGCACCUGCAAAGUCUGCAGCUUCUCCUGUCAUCGGAAAUGCCAGGCCAAGGUGGCUGCCCCCUGCAUUCCUCCAUCCAACCGUGAACUGGUGCCCAUCAACACUGAAACUGCCCCCAAGAAUGUAGUGGACAAGGGAGAAGGAGCCUUCCGGGGUGGGAACACACGGAAAAACCUUGAGGAAGACGGCUCCACCAGAGUCACGCCAAGUGUCCAGGCCCAUCCCCAGCCCAUCAGAAACAUGAGUGUGAGCCGGAGCACGGAGGACAGCUGUGAGCUGGACCUGGUGUACGUCACGGAGCGGAUUAUCGCCGUCUCCUUCCCCAGCACAGCCAAUGAGGACAACUUCCGCAGCAACCUCCGUGAGGUGGCCCAGAUGCUCAAGUCCAAACAUGGAGGCAACUACCUGCUUUUCAACCUCUCUGAGCGGAGACCUGACAUCACGAGGCUCCAUGCCAAGGUACUGGAAUUCGGCUGGCCUGACCUCCACACCCCAGCCCUGGAGAAGAUCUGCAGUGUCUGCAAGGCCAUGGACACUUGGCUCAACGCAGACCCCCACAAUGUUGUCGUCCUACACAACAAGGGAAACCGAGGCAGGAUAGGUGUUGUGAUCGCGGCUUACAUGCACUACAGCAACAUUUCUGCCAGUGCUGACCAGGCCCUGGACCGGUUUGCCAUGAAGCGGUUCUAUGAGGAUAAGAUUGUACCCAUUGGCCAGCCGUCCCAGAGAAGGUACGUGCAUUAUUUCAGCGGCCUGCUCUCUGGCUCCAUCAAAAUGAACAACAAGCCCUUGUUUCUGCACCACGUGAUCAUGCACGGCAUCCCCAACUUCGAGUCUAAAGGAGGGUGUCGGCCAUUUCUCCGGAUCUACCAGGCUAUGCAACCUGUCUACACGUCUGGCAUCUACAACGUCCAGGGAGACAGCCAGACCAGCAUCUGCAUCACCAUUGAGCCUGGGCUGCUCUUGAAAGGAGACAUCUUGCUGAAGUGCUACCACAAGAAGUUCCGGAGCCCAGCCCGAGAUGUCAUCUUCCGUGUGCAGUUCCACACCUGUGCCAUUCAUGACCUGGGGGUUGUCUUUGGGAAGGAGGACCUUGAUGAUGCCUUCAAAGAUGAUCGAUUUCCAGAAUAUGGCAAAGUUGAAUUCGUAUUUUCUUAUGGACCAGAGAAAAUUCAAGGCAUGGAACACCUGGAGAACGGGCCAAGUGUGUCUGUGGACUAUAACACCUCUGACCCCCUCAUCCGCUGGGAUUCCUAUGACAACUUCAAUGGGCAUCGAGAUGAUGGCAUGGAGGAGGUGGUGGGCCACACCCAGGGGCCCCUGGACGGGAGCCUGUAUGCCAAGGUGAAGAAGAAGGACUCCCUGAACGGCAGCACCAGCGCCGUCAACGCCACGCGUCCUGUUCUGUCUGCCACCCCCAACCACGUGGAGCACACCCUCUCUGUGAGCAGCGACUCCGGCAACUCCACAGCCUCCACCAAGACCGACAAGACUGAUGAGCCUGCCCCUGGCCCCUCCAGUGCCCAGGCUGCCCUGAGUCCUGAGGAGAAGCGGGAGCUGGACCGCCUGCUCAGCGGCUUCGGCUUGGAGCGAGAAAAGCAAGGCAGCAUGUACCACACGCAGCAUCUCCGGUCUCGCCCAGGAGAGGGCCCUGCUGCGCCCUCCUCUGGCCGCCACAUCAUCCCGGCCCAGGUUCACGUCAAUGGUGGGGCCUUGGCAUCUGAGCGGGAGACGGACAUCCUGGAUGAUGAGCUGCCCAACCAGGAUGGGCACAGCGUGGGCAGCAUGGGCACCCUGUCCUCCCUGGAUGGGGUCACCAACACCAGUGAGGGGGGCUACCCGGAGGCCCUGUCCCCUCUGACCAAUGGUCUAGACAAGCCCUACUCCGUGGAACCAAUGGUCAAUGGUGGAGGCUACCCCUAUGAGUCUGCCAGCCGGGUGGUGCCCGCACAGGCUGGCCACAUGGCCCCCAUGCGGCCUUCCUACUCCGCACAGGAGGGUUUAGCAGGCCACCAGCGGGAGGGGCCCCACCCAGGCUGGUCACAGUCAAUGACCACCUCCCACUAUGGCCAUGACCCCAGCGGUAUGUUCCGCUCUCAGUCCUUUCCGGAAAGCGAGCCCCAGCUGCCCCCAGCUCCAGCCCGUGGGGGGAGCAGCCGGGAGGCUGUGCAGAGGGGCCUGAAUUGCUGGCAACAGCAGCAGCAGCAGCAGCAGCAGCAGCAGCCUCGCCCACCUCCUCGCCAGCAGGAAAGAGCCCACUUGGAGAGUCUCGGGCUCAGCAGGCCCAGCCCCCAGCCACUGGCAGAGCCCCCCAUGCCAGGCCUCCCUGAGUUCCCGCGGGCGGCCUCACAGCAGGAGAUCGAGCAGUCCAUCGAAACCCUCAACAUGCUGAUGCUAGAUCUGGAGCCAGCGGCAGCGGCGGCCGCCCCACUGCACAAGUCCCAGAGUGUCCCUGGGGCCUGGCCGGGGGCUUCCCCACUCUCCUCCCAGCCUCUCUCUGGCUCCUCCUACCAGUCUCACCCACUGACCCAGUCCAGAUCUGGCUACAUCCCCAGCGGGAAUUCCUUGGCAACCCCUGAGCCCAUACCCCGGGCCUCCCUGGAGUCCGUCCCUUCUGGCAGGUCUUACUCACCUUACGAUUAUCAGCCAUGUCCGUCUGGGCCCAACCAGAGUUACCGUCCAAAGAGCCCAGUCUCCUCCUCCUCUGCCUUCCUUCCAACUACCCAGAGCUCUUCAGGGCCUCAGCAGCCCCCGGCCUCUCUCCCUGGCCUCACCGCUCAGCCUCGGCUUCCACCAAAGGAGAUGACUCCAGACCCAUCUCGAACUCCGGAGGAGGAGCCAUUGAAUCGGGGGCUGGUGGCCCACCGGGUGGCAGGAGUGCAGGCUCGGGAGAAGCAGCCUGCCGAGCCCCCAGCACCUCUCCGGAGGCGGGCAGCCAGCGAUGGGCAGUAUGAGAACCAGUCGCCGGAACCCACAUCCCCCCGUAGCCCUGGGGUUCGCUCCCCUGUCCAGUGCGUCUCCCCAGAGCUGGCUCUCACCAUCGCUCUCAAUCCUGGAGGGCGCCCCAAAGAGCCCCAUCUGCACAGCUACAAGGAGGCCUUCGAGGAGAUGGAGGGAACCUCCCCGACCAGCCCUCCGCCCAGUGGGGUGCGCUCCCCCCCAGGUCUGGCCAAGACACCCCUGUCUGCUCUGGGCCUGAAACCCCACAACCCAGCCGACAUCCUGUUGCAUCCCACCGGUGUCACCAGAAGACUGGUCCAGCCAGAGGAGGAUGAGGGGAAGGUGGUGACCAAGCUUUCCAAAGAGCCCCGGAGCUAUGUCGAGUCGGUGGUGCGGACGGCAGUGGCUGGGCCCCGGACUCAGGACGCCGAGCCCAAGAGCUUUAGUGCCCCAGCUGCCCAGGCCUAUGGCCACGAGACACCCCUGAGGAACGGGACCCUGGGAGGCUCCUUUGUCUCCCCCAGCCCCCUGUCCACCAGCAGCCCCAUCCUCAGUGCUGACGGCACUUCAGUGGGGAGUUUCCCGUCAGGGGAGAACGGCGACCCAGGCCCUCGGACACCCACCCAGCCUUUGCUGGAUUCUGGCUUCCGCGCCACCGGCAGCUUGGGCCAGCCCAGCCCUUCAGCUCAGAGAAGCUACCAGAGCUCUUCUCCGAUCCCAGCUGCAGGCAGCAGCUACCACAGCCCUGACUACGCACUUCAGCAGUUUGGCUCCCCAGAAAGCCAGGCCCGGUCCCAGUUCAGUGUGGCGGGUGUCCACGCGGUGCCUGGGAGUCCUCAGGCCCGGCACAGGACAGUGGGCACCAACACUCCCCCGAGUCCUGGCUUUGGCCGCCGGGCCGUGAACCCUAGCAUGGCUGCCCCUAGCAGCCCCAGUUUGAGCCACCGCCAGGUGAUGGGUCCACCGGGACCAGGUUUCCAUGGUAACGCAGUCUCUAGCCCCCAGAGCAGUGCAGCGACCACUCCGGGAAGCCCCAGCCUGGGCCGACACCCUGGGGCCCACCAGGUGUCAAGCCUCCAUGGCAAUGUGGCCACCACUCCAGGGAGCCCCAGCCUGGGCCGGCACCCUGGGGCCCACCAAGGCAACCUGGCCUCCAGUCUCCAUGGCAACGCCAUCCCCAGCCCCGGAAGCCCCAGCCUGGGCCGUCACUUGGGGGGGUCUGGAUCUGUGGUUCCCGGCAGCCCCAGCUUGGACCGGCAUGUGGCCUAUGGUGGCUACUCCACCCCUGAGGACCGGAGACCCACGCUGUCCCGGCAGAGCAGCGCCUCGGGCUACCAGGCUCCUUCCACACCUUCCUUCCCUGUGUCCCCUGCCUACUACCCGGGCCUGAGCAGCCCCGCCACCUCCCCCUCACCGGAUUCAGCAGCCUUCCGACAAGGGAGCCCCACGCCAGCCUUGCCGGAGAAGCGGAGGAUGUCCAUGGGAGACCGAGCGGGCAGCCUCCCCAACUACGCCACCGUCAAUGGGAAGGUGUCCUCCUCGCCUGUCCCCAGUGGCAUGUCCAGUCCCAGCGGGGGCAGCACCGUCUCCUUCUCCCACACUCUGCCCGACUUCUCCAAGUGCUCCAUGCCAGACAACAGCCCUGAGACCCGGGCGAAGGUGAAGUUUGUCCAGGACACUUCCAAGUAUUGGUACAAGCCCGAGAUCUCCAGGGAGCAGGCCAUCGCCCUUCUUAAGGACCAGGAGCCAGGGGCUUUCAUCAUCCGUGACAGUCACUCCUUCCGAGGAGCCUAUGGGCUAGCCAUGAAGGUGUCUUCACCCCCUCCGACUAUCAUGCAGCAGAAUAAAAAAGGGGACAUGACCCAUGAGCUCGUGAGGCAUUUCCUGAUAGAGACGGGCCCCAGAGGAGUCAAGCUCAAGGGCUGUCCCAACGAGCCAAACUUCGGAUCCCUGUCCGCCCUGGUUUACCAGCACUCCAUCAUCCCCUUGGCUCUGCCCUGUAAGCUGGUCAUUCCAAACCGAGACCCUACAGAUGAAUCAAAAGAUAGCUCGGGCCCUGCCAACUCGACCAGCGACCUGCUGAAGCAAGGGGCAGCCUGCAAUGUGCUCUUCCUCAACUCUGUGGACAUGGAGUCACUCACUGGGCCACAGGCCAUCUCCAAAGCCACUUCUGAGACACUGGCUGCUGACCCCACGCCAGCUGCCACCAUCGUUCACUUCAAAGUGUCUGCCCAGGGAAUUACACUGACUGACAACCAGAGAAAGCUCUUCUUCCGACGACACUAUCCCCUCAACACUGUCACCUUCUGCGACCUGGAUCCACAGGACAGAAAGUGGGUGAAGACGGAGGGAGGAGCCCCUGCUAAGCUCUUCGGCUUCGUGGCCCGGAAGCAGGGCAGCACCACGGACAACGCCUGCCACCUCUUUGCUGAGCUUGACCCCAACCAGCCGGCCUCUGCCAUCGUCAACUUUGUCUCCAAGGUUAUGCUGAGUGCCGGCCAGAAGAGAUGAACCCCCACCCCUUGCCCGGGGCCAGGGCAGUGGGGUGGGGGCCUGUGGGGGAGGGGACCCAUGAAUCCCGACCAUCCUCGAAUCCAGAAGGAGGACUUUGGGCCAAUUUUGGAGAAGGAGAGAAGAAAGUGUAACAUGGGAGAGGGAAGUGAAUUGAACGGGGAGGGGGGAAGAGAGAGAGGAAGGAAGGAAAAAAUGGAGGAGAAUAAUUCAGAUUCCCCAGGGAGAUGGACACUGCAAAACCCCCAGAGCCUCCAGAUCUAACCAGGUCCACCUACCUCCCCCUCCCCUCCUCCAAGAGGAUGGAGCUCCUCGAGGGACACAGAAGCAACCCCCCUAGGAGAGCCACAUUUGCGGGGGGGACAGAGAAGCUCCUUCUCCCUAACCCAACUUCCUGGCAAGGAGAAAUCCCAUCAAGAGAACCUCUUUCUGGCCACCUCUGGGGUAGAUCACCAAACCCAAAAGAGCCGGCAUGGGACAUCCAGUGGCGGAACCUUUUGCUUUUGAAAGUAUCUCACACUCGAGGCACCUAAGGCCCCUUUGCUCUGCCCCUUUGCUCUGCCGCUGAUGCACACUUUGUGGGUGUGGGUGUGGCGUGUAUAUAUGGCCACACCUACCUCCUCACCCACUGAUUUCUCUUGGCCUCUCAGCUGGAAUUAGAAACAGGUAAACUUGUCUGUGUCCCCUGUGUUUGCACUUGUGCACACUUGUCCAAAGAAGUUAGGGUUGGGGGUGACAGGGCAGCAGGGAGGGGGGAUAAGCCCUGUGCCCCAGCAGCACCCAGGAUUAUGGGUAACGGACUGUCUCUUGGUCCCGGCACCUGCUUUAACAGCUUCGGGUGCCGCCACCCCCUUUUCCUCAAUGGAGACCCUAGCGGGCGUGGGGCUGUCACGCUGCAGCGUGACCCCUGACCUGCCUCCACCAGGAGGCAGGAGCAUUGGUUGGAGGGGAUGAGGACACGUGUCCAUAGCGUUGGGGGAGAGAUCCCUGAGGAAGGGUUGUUUUUGAGCACUGGGCACCUUCCCCAAGGCAAGUGGCCCAGCCUCGGGCAAGCAGGUGGCUCCUACCAGCUCCCAGCCCUCAGCCCCCUUUUGGGUUUCGUGCCCAGAUCAGCCUUCCUCAGACCUGCUUAUGUGCAUGACGCCUUUUUGGGUGCUGGGGAUCGAGCCUUCCUGCUCUGCCCUGUCCUGUCCUGUCCCACGGGGUUCUCGUGUUGGGGCUCAUCCUGGGAACCUGCUUCCAGAAGCCCUGCUUGGCGAGGCCCAGGGAGACACCCACAGUUCUUGUGCUCCUUCUGCAAGGGUUUGGAGGUCUGACUUUUGCAGGGCUUCUGCCCAGGGGAGCUGGGCCGAGCUUGGGGUGGGGUGGGGGCUGCCACCUGUACCCCACGUGGCCUGCCUACCAUACCAAAGCCUUGCUCCCUCCCCCUUCUGUCUCAGUUUCCUUCCCAGGCCCAGCUGGUGUUGAGCAGAAGGCAUAUAUUUAGGCCAAAGGGCCAAGAGUCCAGCUGGGCAAUUGGGAAGCCCCAGAGCCUCACCCGAGGUCUCUAAGCUGGAUGGAAAAAGCCACCAGGACUCCAUCCUUCAGUAGCUUCUUAAGCCUCUGGGUUCCCUAGAGAGAGGCAUUGUACUGAUAUAUAAAUAUAUAUAAUAUAUAUAUGUGAGACAUACUGACAGAAUCUGUAAGCUAAUAAAAUAUAAGAAAAGGUUAAAAAAAAAAGACUAGGUAAAUUGACAGGAAGUAUUUAUUAUUUCCCCAUAUUGUUUUAUUGCCUCCCUGGUGGAAACCAACCCCCAUCCUUCUCUCUAUGCAUAAGCGAAGCCUUUAUCCUUGGAGCAAUCAGGGGUCUCCUUACCCUGGCCUUGGCCUUCCCUAGACUCUGUCUGAGGCUCAGCGGGGAGGGGAGGGGCGUGCACGUGUUUGAGCCCCUCCACAUCCCUUAUUUUUGGCAGGCUCGGGCCUGGCUCUCAGUGCCCAGAGAUGCAGAGAUGAGAGGGGAGCUGCCCGCCGCCCCAUGGGGCCCAAGCGGGUGUGGGAGCCGGGCAGGGGUGGGGGGGCUGGUGUGACAUGGGUGUGCAUGGUGGGUGUGGGUGACCUGUGCGUCUUGCAUUUUUUUCUCUUCCGAGAAGCUGUUAUCUGUGCGGUUGUUGUGUUUUAGGGAGUUGGAAAGGAGAGCAUCUGAGGGACCAGCUGCAUUCCCCCCCACCGCCAGCCACUUCCCAAAGGCUGAAACCGCGUUCUCAGUGAACCAGGUCCUCCCAAGUGCUCUUCCUUCUGAGGCCUUCAAGCCACGUACCCUGAUCUCCCCUCUCUCAUGCCCCGUCUAACCCCAGCUCUCCCCAGACAGAAAAAGGAUGUUCCCUCCCACUUUCUUUGUAAAUAUCUUCAUCUCCCACUGGACAGCCCCGGGGACUCUCUCCUCCUGGUCUGGACGGCCAGGCGGAGCCUCGGACCCUUCGGGCGUCUGGGGUCAGUCUUCGCAUUACUUUCCCACCGCCCACCAGCAGCCGCCCUCCCGGCACGGCCAUCCCGCCGCACUCAGGCCUGAGCUGUGUGUGACCCCAGGAAGGAUCAAUUUCCUAGAGCUUGGCCUGUCCAGAGGAAUGUUGGGGAUGGGUACCCCAGGCCCCAGCAUGGCCUCACCUGGGGCUCAGACACUGCUUGGGAAGACACUGUAACCCUCCCGUGUCUCACGGAUUAAGCCCGUGCGCACGCGCGCGUGCGCACACACACACACGUUCACACACAUACACACACCACCACAACACUGUAGCAUAUUCUUGCCAAAGAUUUCCUUUAAAAGAAAGCACUUUUAGUCAUUUUUGUUAUUAUUUUGUAAAUGUGUACCCUUUUUUCUCCCCUCCCCUUCCCCCAUGUUUUGGGCUGUUGUUUAUUGUUGAAUCUGUUUGUCAGCCAGGAGAGUGCCUUCUAGUCUUGAAAACGGGCUGGGGAUGGGAGAUUGGAAGAGGGCCUGGGAGUUGCUGGCAGGAAAGAGCCAGAGAGGAGAGAGGCCCCGGCCGGCUUGUGCCGCAGCGAGGCAGACCUCAGGCAGGCUCAGGCCCCAACGCCAGGCCCAGCCUACCUCUUGCCGUGCAGCCAGGCCUCUGAGUAUGGUGUCUGCAGGGAAGGCAGUGACAUCAGCAGGGAGAGAGGACUAGCAGGGUCCAUGUGGCCCUUCCCGGCUGGAGCCAGAGGGGAGGGGAAGGCAUGGGAAUGACGGAGACGUGACCUGGAGGGGAGAUGAGGAGGAGGGGAGCUGGAUGAGCAAGCUCCGGGGGGAGUGGACUGCCCUGGCCCCACAGUAUCCUGGCUCCCUCAUUCAGCCGUCCAGCCAGGUGAUCUGGGGACAGGUGAUUGUCCCAGGUUGGGGAAAGGCCCUUUGAUCCUGAUGCUCAUUGGAGCUUCUCCUGUAGCAGCUCCAAAUACUUGAGGACUAUAAGGGUCCCUCUCCCCUGGCAGGGUUUUGGGGGAUCCCUGGGUGUAUCAGAGACAGGCAGGAUGGGGAUGGUGUCUGGUGGCUGAGUGACUAUAAGAGGGAGCCUUUGUAAAGGCUCUCAGGAGGGAGGGAGAGGAACUGGGCAUUCUUCUGUCCCACUUGGAUGGGCCGGGCAGAGGCUGGGGCUGUGGAUGCAUCUGUCACCAAAACAGUAUCUGUGCCCCACUUUCUCCUCCUCACUGAGGUUCAUCCACCACCCCUGUCUCCUGGGUCUUCUCCCCUUCUUUGGUUUUUCCCAGCUUCAGGAUCGGGAUGAUCAAGGGGCAGGGGUGGGGGGUGGGUCACUGCCCUUUCUAAGGGCUGCUCCAGUCCCAACAUCUCCCAUCUUCGGGAUCCUUGGAGGGGCUGGGGGCAGUCCUGGGGCCACACUUCACCCAGGCCCAGGCCCUGAAAUCCUGAGACUGGAGUCCCCCUGCCAGUGGUAACACAGGACGUGUGCGUGCGCGUGUGCAAGUGUGGGUGUGUGUGCGUAUUUGGCUCGUCUCUUUAGGGAAUUUGGGAGUUGGGUCAGAGGUGGUGGGUGAUGGAUGUCAAGUUCACUAGCACCCAGUAGAGAAAGGAAUCCGGAGGCGAGGCCUCUAGGGCCCCGGUUGGGGGAGAAUCUCAGUGCUGGCGAUGGAUGGCGGGGAUGGGCCACACCAGGUGGCACUCCUCUGUCCUCAGAUGUCCCAAAGGUUGGAGGACCUCUCUGUUCACUUCCCACACCGGGGCUCUUCGCAGCGGCGAGCUGACCGGAGCAGGCUAGGCCACUUUUGUUUCUAAUCAGUGUGCAAGGGUUUGAGGCUCUCCUGUGUGUCCACACGUGCAAGAGAGCCCAUCUGUGCACGCGUGCUGUGUUUCCCCACUUCUCUCCUCUCCCACAUGUCCUUCAAAACAGAUGUAAGAAAUUCCUUCCCCCCCCUCCCCCCACCUCCAGGCCCUCGGCAGGAGAAACAGAAUAACCUAGCAUCCUCCCCAACCUCUGGCUGUGUAUUUAUACAGAUGGAAAUAUACUUUCUAUUUUGUUAUCAUCGUGCCUAGAACUCUGCCACCUUGUAUAAACCCUAAUGUAUGCUACUUACUGGAUAUGAAUGUAUUGUACACUGAGGCUGUCCCGCUCCUGUACAGCUGCUUCGUUUCUUUGCGAUCCAUCGUAUGGCUUUAUACAUGAUAAAGUGAAAGAAAAAUCAG